AUGGAUAACAAAGAUAUUGAAAUGGUCACAGAUAGUUAUGAAGACGAUAUAUAUGAGAGUCAGCACAUAGGGAAUGAUGUAGAGAAGGAAGAAAAGGAGAUGGUGGAUGCAGACAAGGCUAUUGAUGAUGGUGGAUGUAAAGGAAAGAAAAAUAAAAGGCAAGAUACAUAUUAUUCCAAUAACUUUUUUCCACACUCAAGCGAAUCAGGAAAAACAGAAAUCUGUGUAGUUGGGAUGAAACGCGGAGAGACGAUAAGCUUCCAAGGUUAUGUUCUUGUAUCCCCCAUAUAUGGAGACUCAAUCAUCAUGGGUUAUCGAUUGCGCUCUGAUGCAGUCCUAGGAAGAGAUAUCGUAGAGCCUGUACAGAUUGAAAGCAACAAAGAGCUUGUAUUCUAUCCAUUAUUCUCUCCAAAAACUCAUGCACUUGUCUGUAUCGAGUCAGUGGAAAGGAAAAAUGAAGAAACAUCGAGGAUUUCACAUUCUGGAAUAAAAACAUCACCAGAAAUUACUAAAAUAAUAAACAAUCUCUUGAGUGAAUUGAACUCCGUAAAAGAGGUGUUCGAUACUAUUUUGGCUUUCCGCGAUAUGUCGUGGUGUGGUAUUAAAGGUGUGGAAUCGGUAGCACAGCCUUUCUUCAAGAGAAUUUUUUCCGUUGAAAGCACGAUUGAAAAGCAGAAUCAUUUUAAUAUCAUAGGCUUUCACCCAAUAUUCGAUGUUACUCCUGACAUAGUGUCCCUCGACAUACCUGAAUCAUGGAAGAACGCAGCUUAUCAACUUACGGUAGAUACCACAGAAUACAGUAUUCCGCCUGUUUCUAUCAUCUGCGGACACCAAAAUGUUGGAAAGUCAACAUUUUCUAGAUAUCUGAUAAAUAGCCUAUUUAACGUUUGUCCUAAGGUUGCUUAUGUUGAAAGUGAUAUCGGUCAACCAGAGUUCACUCCUUCGGGUUUGGUCUCUCUGAACAUUCUAGACUCUCCCAUUUUCGGCCCGUCAUUUACACAUAUUCAACAACCUUAUCGAUCUUACUUUUUGGGCCAUACCACUCCCCGUGAUGAUCCCGAUUAUUAUCUAAAUUGCCUACGCGAACUGAUAAUUGUAUACCGUCGCGAUAUUUCGUGUGGUCCGAAUUUUGGCAUGUACGCAGAUGACAAGACUCCGUAUAUUCCAUUGGUCAUAAAUACUCAUGGAUGGGUUAGGGAGGGGAUGGGUUACGAUCUCUUUAUUCAUCUUCUGGGUAUUAUCAAACCAACACAUAUCGUUCAACUAUAUUCAUCUACAAAUACUCAUAAAAACAUUCGUUCACUUCCCAAUCACGUUAUCUCUCCACCAAAUGAGGAUCCACCAAAGAUGAUAUUUGUUGAGAUUGUCAACUCAAAGAAGAUUUCUACAAAAUAUAAAUCAUCGGAUUAUCGAAUGUUAUCACUUCUUUCCUAUUUUUAUUCUAAUGCCGUCGCCCUGACUCAAAAACAAGACAAUGUUAAAUGGUGGAAAUAUGAUAAGCCUUUGAUUCAUCAAGUUCCUUGGUGUCUGGAUUGGACUAAAGGAUUAUCCAAAGGAGUUUUUUUGUUUUUUGAAGAUGUUCCUUGGAGUCAACUGCUUUAUGCACUAAAUGGAUCAUUGGUUGCGUUGAUUGGUGACGCACCCGGGUUUGGUGGUGAUGGACAAGAAAUUCCACAGGGGAAAAAGGACGAAAAGAUCCAACCGCCACUCUAUUUUCCGUGUCCGGACUACCCGUCACCACCACCAUCCGAGCAUUCUUGCAUAGGUCUAGCAAUAAUACGAUCAAUUGACCCAACCACUCACACCUUCCACAUUCUUACUCCACUAUCCUAUGACAAACUACAGUACGUUAAUGCCAUGGUCAAAGGAAAAUUGGAAUUGCCGAUAUGGUUUAGGUUGGAUCAUACUAAAAAUAAUUCUACGGGUGUUUGUGGUGUACCAUGGAAACAUUUACCAUAUAUGAGUUUUGAAGCUGGGUUGGGUGUUGGAAAUGAAGCUCAACGGGUCAGAAAAAAAGGAGUGAAGAGAGACAGUGUAAAAGAAUAA